GAGAACUGCCUGAGCUGAGCAGCUGAGAGGCAGAAGGGGAGGGAGCUGCUCACUCACACACUCUCACACACACAUUGUCACACACACACGUACAUACACGCAGAGUGAGAGAAGAGGAGAGGGAGAGGAGGAUAGGAGACAGAGAGGAUUGUAGAAAAGGAAAACAGUCUCCACGGCUCCGCAGCUUCUGACAAGGCAGCCUAAGAAACAGGAUGUUAAUGCUUGACGGAAUGCCUGCAGUGCGAGUCAAAUCUGAGCCCCUGGACUCGGAACAAGGGUCACCUAAAGUGCGCCCUUACUCUGUGAUGGACGGCGUCCCCUUCUUCCUCAGCAGAGUUAAACCUGAACCUCCAGAAGACCUGCUCGCUCAUGACCUGCACUUCCACACACAGACCGAGCCUGUCGACCUGUCAAUCAACAAACCCCGCCCCUCCUCUCUAUCCACCACCCCUAGCACCACCUCAUCAUCUUCCCCUCUCAGAUACGCUUUCUCCCCAUCUUCUUUAUCGUCGUCAUCCUCCUCCUCCUCCUCGUCUCCAUCGGUGAUCACCUCAGCCUCGUCGCUGCUCACGCCGGGCCCUCUGGUCGCCCCCGGCAGCGGGGUCAGAGGUCAGCCAUAUUUGCACAUCCUGCACUCUGUGCCGCCGCCUCCAUCCAGCCCUCUGAGCCUGCAGGGAGCAGGGAAGCUGGUCAGCCAUGUUCACCGCAUCCCUGUUGUGGUGCAGUCGCUGCCCCUCAUGUACACCACUGCCAUUCGAUCGCCCUCCAGACUCAACAACGCCAUCAUGCUACCUCUGCUGGAGGAGGUGAAGAGACAGGGCAAAGCACAUACAGACCACAACGGCCGGUCGCCAAGGCAGAUCAAGAGCGACAGUGACGACGACGACCUGCCAAACGUGACCUUGGACAGUGUUAAUGAGACCGGCUCCACUGCGCUGUCUAUAGCCCGCGCCGUACAAGAGUGA